AUGGAGUCCCGACCAUUGAGUAUCGAGUGCCAAACAUCGAGUCCUGAACAUCAAGUCCCGACUGGUACUCGGUACUCGGGUGUCGGGUGUUGGGUGUCAGUACUCAGAUUUAUGCGAGUUUUGGGUUUCGAGUUUCGAGAUUCGAGUCGAGUACUGACACCCGACACCCGACACCCGAGAUUCGGUACUUGGUACUCGAUACUCAGUGAUUCGAGUCUUGGGAUUCGAAACUCAGAUUUAUGCAAGUUUCGAGUUUCAAGAUUCGAGUUUCAAGAUUCGAGUUUCGAGUUUCAAAUCGAGUACCGACACCCGACACUCGACACCCAACACCCGACACCCAAGUACCGACACCCGAGAUUCAGUACUCAGUACUCGGUACUCGGGUGUCGGGUGUUGGGUGUUGGUACUCAGAUUUAUGCGAGUUUCAAGUUUCUUGAUUCGAGUUUCGAGUUUCAAAUCGAGUACCAACACCCGACACCCAACACCCAACACCCAACACCCAACACCCGAGUACCGAGUACCAACACCCGAGAUUUGGUACUCGGUACUUGGUACUCGGUGAUUCUACUUGGGUGUCGGGUGUCGGGUGUCGGUACUCGAUUCGAAACUCGAAACUCGAAUCAAGAAACUCGAAACUCGCAUAAAUCUGAGUACCAACACCCAACACCCGACACCCGAGUACCAAGUACCGAGUACCGAAUCUCGGGUGUCGGUACUCGGGUGUCGGGUGUCGGUACUUAA